CCCGCCGCAGCCCCUCGGGCGGGCGCGCGCGGGAACAUGGCCGGGCAGGGCGGGAGCAGCGCUGGAGGCCGCGGCGUUGUGAUUUCAGACAAUUGGCCUGGAUACAGUCUGGAUUUGUUCACUUAUCCUCAGCACUACUAUGGAGAUCUGGAAUAUGUGCUCAUACCUCAUGGCAUUAUUGUUGACAGGACAGAACGACUGGCCAAAGAUAUUAUGCAAGACCUUGGAGACAAUGAUAUUGUGGUUCUCUGUGUCCUCAAAGGUGGCUACAAGUUCUGUGCUGAUCUUGUGGAGCACAUUAAAAAUCUUAGCAGAAAUUCAGAAAGGUUCAUCUCCAUGAAAGUCGAUUUUGUUAGACUGAAAAGUUACCACAAUGAUCAGUCUAUGCAAGAUAUGCAGAUAAUGGGAGGAGAUGAUCUUUCAAAGCUGGCUGGCAAGAAUGUUCUAAUUGUGGAGGAUAUUGUUGGAACUGGCAGGACCAUGAAGGUUCUGCUUAACAAUAUAGAAAAAUACAAGCCCAAAAUGAUUAAAGUAGCAAGUUUGUUGGUGAAAAGAACAUCUCGGCCUGAUGGGUACAGACCAGAUUAUUACGGAUUUGAAAUUCCAGAUUUAUUUGUGGUAGGUUAUGCCUUAGACUACAAUGAGCACUUCAGAGAUCUAAACCACAUAUGCGUUAUCAAUGAUCAUGGCAAAACAAAAUACAGAGUCUGAAGCAGUAACAUCCACACCUGAAUAUUUCUGUGAAGCAGAACUUUGACUACACUCCCUCAAGCAUCUCCCUGAAGAGCAAUUCAACUGACUCGUAUGUCUUUUAACUCAGUAUAAGAAGGGGUUUACUCUAGAGAUGCUGAUGAAUAUUUACACAAGUGAGAGCUCUUAUCUAAAAUGUGAAGCAUAGGACUUUUACAGUUACUACCUUUAUUAAGUAUUAAAAUUACCACCUAAGAUGCCUUUUGACUAAUAACUUGUCUGCCUCAGGUCUCAUUGUGAACGCAUCUUUUCUUUGCUCAGUCCCUCCUUCCACCUAUUGCAAUUCAUCUACUGCACUGUAUUUUGUAAGAUUGUUCAAAAGUGCCAUUCUGUGAAUGAAGAUUAUUUUACAAGAUUUCAUUGACUUCAUCAUCCCUUUAGUCUUGGUCAGAUAUGCUGCUACCAAAUGGCAAGCAUUAUUUUGAUUUAACUCCACAAUUCAAAAGUUUCAGCUGAAGUUCUCUGUUGUGUUGCAGUUCAUUACCCACUCUUCCAAACAAAGUUUUAGCUCUCAGAAUGUGCUGAAUUAGAGUACAGGUCAAAAUGAACCUUUGCAAGGCCCCGUUGACCCAAAACUGGAAGAUACUGUGGUUCUGGUAUGUCAUGUAGCCAUAGAUUUGACCUGUUUAAUGUGCUGAAAUUUAAUCAAGGCAAACCAAUGCCAGGCAGGUUUGAGUUUCUGCAUGGUAUCCCUUUCUUCUCUAGGACACAAACAAGUAUGAAAAUUAAGAGUGCUCUUCUGAGCUUAUAUUCUUAACUAAACCUCAUUUACUUAACUAAACCUCAUUUACCACAGAAGUUUAAUGCCAGUCAGACAAUUAUUCAGUUAUGAUUUGAUUUUUUAGAAUGCCUAAGCUGAGACUUUUUGUAACCUUCCGUAGUCUUUGAGAACACAUAUCUGACAAUGCUGAAGAAGACUUGUAUAGAAAAAAAAGAAAAAAUGUAUAGGACAACACAGAAAACCAGUUAAUGCAUGAGCGCUGUAGACCCUAAAUUCCUUCAUUUAUAGAUGGUGUUUGAAGAAGUUUGUGAAUUUACAUACUGUAUUAACUGAGAAAAGUUUAAUUCUGUAUUGAAUAUAAGUGUUCUCAAAAACUUCCCCAGGGAAACCAAUGCAAGUAAGUAGCUGUGUAUCAGUAGCUUUGCUCUGAACUGAGAGGCAGAUUGUUACUAGCUGCAGAUUCAUAUAAACUAAUAAAGGAACAUGAAGAAUUCUUGUUA